AUGCUCGAGCGCGACCCAGAUACUGGCCAUGUCCACAUGAAGACAUUCAAGCCGGCGGCCAAACGGGAUCCGAAGCAGCUUCUCUCAGAGAUGCCGCUAGACCCCAAGUUAAGAUCGAUCAAAGAGCUCCAGGACCGCGAGCGCGUUCGUCCAAAAGACAAACUCGAUCUUGCGCGAACCCCACCUUUCCUUCGAGUCGGACCUCUGGAUCCCAUCCUCAUUCCUGCCGAGACUGAUCGGUCCUCGGGAUGUCGUAAUGCCGAAGACGACCGCGCGAUACCUAGGCUCGUACCCGAUGUCAUUGGAGCCAUCGUCAACACCGAGUCGCCCUUGAUGAACCAGCUCUUUCAGCUAUGCCAGCAUGCCCAGAUCCAUUGCUGUGAGAACCCGGCAUGUUCCAAGAAGCGAAGCGAGCUGGCGGAGCUCGCCCCGGAGUGCGACUGGGCACCGUUCCGAGACUGGGCAUUGCAGCUGAUGGCCUGCCAACUGACCAUGAUAGACCAGGGCAACUUCACAUCGCCCGUCCUUCGCAUGUCCCACGCCGUGAUGGCGUGCCAUUUUUUCCUGGUCAGGGUGAGAAGAGAUGUCAGCAUGGUUCCGUCUACAAAACUCGCCGGCCCAAACAAAACCACGCGAGCUGUCGACGCCUUUGGAGCGUUCGAGACCAUUUACUGGAUGAUGACGAUCGAGCACUCCCUCGACCUACUCGCCAUCAUCGAGCAGACGUGGGAUCCUGGCUUCCUCCCUGGAGCCAUCACCGACCCUGACCUUACUAAAGCCUCCCAGCGGGCCGCAGAGGCGGGCAUCUGUCCCAACCGGUUUUGGAAUCUCACAGUCGCCAUGGAGCGGGAGCAUCUCGACAUUCCCGCCAUCGCCCAUGCUGCUGCUCGAUACCCCCAGUUGAAACACGAGGGCCACGAGGCGUGCACACCGACGUUCUGCACCUUCACCGUGCUGGAUAGCACAAGGGUGAAGCAAUGCCACAAGUGCUCCGAGCUCGACGACGAUCCUUGCAAAAAGGAGGGUAAGCCGCUCUUUUUCGACCCCAAAAAGCUCGACGAGUCCAUCCGGUCCGGAAAGCGCACCGUCUGGUCCACCGCGCCCGGCGAGCCCAAAGUAUCCCAAGAAGGCCCUUACGUCGCCAUCUCGCACGUAUGGUCCGACGGAACCGGCGUGGGCCUGCACGAUCCCGGCAAGGUCAACGAGUGCCUAUUCCGGUUUCUCGCCCGCGUCGUGAAAAGAAUCGGCUACGACGCCAUCUGGUGGGACGCCAUCUCCAUCCCCAAAGACGCCCAACUCCGGCAGGAGGAAAUCAACAACAUGCACCGCAACUACGGCGCCGGCGAGUGCACCCUUCUCCACGACAACUACCUCCUCAACUUCGAGUGGGCCGACAAUAGCGAGGGCCCUUGUCUUGCCCUGGUCUUAUGCCCCUGGUUCACCCGCGGCUGGACCGCGUUGGAGCUGAUCAUGUCCAAGGCCGUCAAGGUGCUGUACAAGAACCCCGUGGAGGGCGGUGAGCCGCUGAUCAAGGACCUGGACGAAGAAAUCCUCGCGACAGACCCCGCCCGUUGCACGCGGGCGCACUGGAUCGCGUCGACCAUCAUCCGCCGCCUGCGACGCGAGAUAAGCAACGUAAGCGACCUCGCCGCCAUCCUCAAGCCGCGGAGCACAUCGUGGGCGCGGGACCGCAUGGUCAUCGCCGGCUUGCUGGCUAAGAUCAAAGUCGACUACACGAUGGCGACGCACGAGAUCACCAAGGCCAUCAUCGACCGCGUUUGGAACCUGCACCCGGACAGCCUGCUCCACGGACAGCCCACCAUCACCACCUCGGGGGGCUGGUCGUGGUGUCCGCACUCGCUGUAUGACAUGCCCUCCACGACGGUGGGGGACCUCGCCGAGACGGGAAAGCACCUGGUGGGGGACAGGACGUGCGUUGUGGACAAAUCCGGCGUGAUCUCUACCAGUUGGUACUGGCGCGCGCUGGAGGAGGCCGACACACGACACGACCUGCUCAUACCUAACUCGUUGCACCAGGCUGUGUCGGUCGCCACCCGCCAUGCCAUCCGCGACUGGCAGCACUGCAUGCUCCUCCGCGAGGCCAACAUGGACGGUGGGCUCGGCUUGAUCGUCAAGCCAGUCGGCAGACGCACCACAGACGGGUUCAUCCCCGCCCAGUAUGUCGGGAGCGUGCGCGUGCGGGAGUCACCGGAGAAACUGCAGGGGACGCCGGUCGACGCGCGCUAUGCCUAUAAUUGGUUCCGUAUUGGGGAGGUCGCCGUCCCCCCACACAGGGCGAGGCGGGCGGUUGCAUUCUACAGCAAGCAUAAUGCCCAAGCACCCAUUUCAAAGUCAUCGAGCAACAAGACCAGAGACUGCAGUUGGAUCGCUGGGGUGGGAAACCUCUGGAUGGGCGAUCACCCGCAUGAGGGGCAGCUUUUGAUUUGCCGCCAUCGGAGGGCGGAGGGCGACGUGGAGGGGCUUCGCUUGGUUGUUUCGGGGGACCAUGAGAAAAAGACUUACGCGUUGCUGCCGGCGGAGGAGCCUGUGUUUCGGGUUCGGCUGGUGAAAUACCAGGAGCAGUGGCCGCCCGAGCCCAUCCCGGCGUUUGGGAGGGUGUACCAUUCUGAUGCGGUUCCGGCGAUGAACAGCUUUAGCAUCUUCAGGCUCGAAACGGAUGGCAAGGACCGCACGCUAUACGCGCUCCUGAUUCAGCCCUACCUUGUACCCAAUGCCAAGCAGCCGUACGGUGGGAUGUGGAUUUAUGUCCGACCCGAUACGGUUCCUCUUGUCACGCUCUUUUACCAGCAACACCCCAGCCACCUCCAAGCCAUCACUCUAACGGGAGAUACGUCAAUCAAGCGGGGAUCACUGAUAUUUGUCGUUGACGAUCUGAACGCCUCCAAGGACUCCUACCCUGGCGAGGGGGAGUGGAAGGGGAUGCCAUAUGUGGAAAUCCCGUGGGAAUCCGGUUGUGUGCUGGUGGAGGUGGCAGAAAAGAAACCCCGGAAAGUAGUAAUUUUGAAGAGAAUAGGUUACGUGGCUGGAGCCGUGGCUUUGCGUGGCUCGUGGGCGGGCACGGUCCAAGAGUAA